AGAGCUGAAGCCUGAACUCCACCUUCAGGCAGAAUGAGGUUCAUCGCUGGAUGCCUGCUUCUCCUGCUGCUGGUCAGCAGCCUCUCUCCAGCCCAUGGUGUCCUGGAGGCCAACAACGUAUACUUAAGGUGUAGAUGCACCAAAACGGCCUCCUUGCCAAUCAGCCUCAAGUUUAUUGCCCGGGUUUCAGUUUUCCCUCCUUCGAGUGGUUGCUCGGUCCUGGAAGUCAUAAUCUGGUUGAAGAAUAAGUCUGCUCUUUGCCUGAAUCCUAAACUCCCAUGGACACAACAUCUGCUGGAAAAUAUACAUAACCUUGUCAAAAAUUCUCAGUUACCAGCUCCAGUCAAGACAAAGAAGACCUGAUGCCAAUGUCCCCAGGAAGGACACCUGCAUUCCUCCUCAUUCCUGCUCUGGAUUUAGUUUUAUGGUCGGUUGAGAUCCCCCCCCCCCCUAAAGAGCGUCCCCAUUCAAGCAAGCAUGAAAAUACAUGUAAAAAUCACCCUUCAGAGGCUGAUAGGGCAAACUGGAACUUUUUAAAAAUAAAGUAUCCUACAUACCUGGAGUUGGUAUUCUUAUUCACCAGGGGGGAAAGUUCCAUGUAAGCAUCUUUUGAUAAUAUACCUAUUGUUUAAUGUUAAAUUUUCCUAGAAAAAUAAAGGAAU